UUCGCGAGGAACAUGGCCGUUUUUCUCUAUAACUGAUAGAGUUGUAUGCCUGCGUCCAUAGUUAAGUCGGGACAGUCUGUCAUAUAAAUGCUACAUCUAUAUGCGUUCACAUACACUUUCAAAUGCUAUGAGAAAGAUGUUUAUUUUAGUAUUGCUGGCGUUUUUCUUCGCGGACAUAAACGCCUUAAAAUAUGACGUUUCUUGUGCUAAUGACGGCGUUUAUCUACGGUGGCCGGUAAUCACAGACGCAGACAUGAACGAAAUGCCACAUGUUUUCGCGAUGACGAAAGACAAAUUAUGCAACGCAAACAAAAUUGACGAGCUCGUCAGAGUUAAGAAUUGCGGUUCAAUGAAACCCAUUCGACUCUAUGUUGCAAAUGGUACAAACGCCUAUGACGUGCUUGAUGUCACUUGUACCGACUUGUAUGACGUUAGCGUUCCUGGUCGUGUCAGACGCCUUGUCAUCGGCGACACGGAUAAUGGCACAAGAAUGGCUACCACUAGUGUCCUCAUGGAGUCCAAGCUGGUUUUUUCCGAUCUCGCGGAAAUUCAACCGGUUCAAUGCAGUCCUGAAAACAGUGGUAUACUGUACAUUGGCAACCCAGACCCUUUCCGUUUCCGCUCUUGCCUGGCGUACGACUCCGUGUCAAAUGCCAUGUGCAAGACGAAAAUGAUCGACGGAUACCAAAUCGUUGCCAUAUACGAUUGCAGCUUGGCUCAGACCGUCAUAAUUUCGUUCUCGACUGCCAACGUCCACAAUGGAAUAAUCGGUGGCUCCCCAGGCACGUUCCGGACGUACAAGAUCAGUUGCUAUGACGACACUGCCAUUAAGGAACCUACGGACUUUACUCUGAUCAUUAAAAGCCAUGGCGACAAAUUGCAUCACAGCAUUCUAUUCGGACUCUUGCUACCGUUUGUAACACUACUGAUAAAUUAAAUUUGCACGUAUGCUCAAAACACG